AUGUCGAUGGUCACCAUUUCGGCAGUGAAAUUGAACACUGUUGACCCUACGUCCCAGAAUGACGUCUUUUUGCUCACACAUUUACAGUACCUAAGCUGCGGAAACAGUCGACGCUUAGUCCAAGCUCACAGAAAUAUUCGGACCGCGGUUGAGUAUCUGAAAGGUCAGAGAAGACCACGAAAUUUUGUGAAAGCAACUUGGGACAGGGCACUGGCGAUCUUCCCGCAAGCAUUCAUUUUCCUGAGUGCCUCAUUCACGCAUCAUCACCUAUUACGCAAAGGCCAAUACGCAUGUCAACAAUUGAUUGAUCUCCCUAAGCGAGAUCAGAAUAUAAUUAAUCAGCACCCAGGCUUAUCAGCUCUCAGUGCACAGUAUUUAGAUGACCUCAAACAGCUAGUUGAGGCAGACUUGCCUCAUAAUCCAGAACGCACCGGUCGGUUAUGCCGACGAGCACCAGAAACAGAGACCAAUUCUUCAACGCAAAACAUACUUUCAGACCCGUCUGAGACGCUCAUACAUAAUGAUAAGCCGAAUGUAUCGUCAUGGCUGGAUUACUUCCGCAAUGAGCCAGCAUUCCUGAUACACCUGGAUCCCGAGUUCGACCUGUCAAAGCUGAGGCUGCUGGCAUCCGCCACCGACGAUCUGCAAGCCUUAUGGAGGAGUCACACAACGCGUCUACCGACGAUUGUGCCGGCAGCGGCAUGCUGGCGCGGGCUGCAACCUUCCUUUGAACAACUCUGGGUCGAAUCGAUGAAGAUCAAAACACAUGAUCUUCGGGUCUAUGAACAGGGUGAACAGUCAGCUAACGCCGCGCUCGCGUUCUGUCAGCUGGCGAGGCCGAAUCAGAACAAUCCCAUCUACAUUAUCGGGAUGGAGCCUCCAGCAUUAAUACGACAUCGAACAUUUGGAGGGUGUGCUCAACUUCAUCAACGAGUGACGACGUACCUUGAACAGCGAAUGGUAUUCAAUAUGACGCCGAAAUUCUCGUUCGUCGAUCUGCAUAUAGACUAUGGCAAGGAUGGCAUCUCCGCCACCUUACACGAUUGCGAAAAAGUGUGGAUGAUAUAUCCUCCGAAGCCUCACAACCUGCAGUGGAUGGCCGAACACCGGGGCCAGCAAGCCAAACUGGCACAGGGGAUGGGGGUCUUGGAAGGAGGUGUAGUGGCGCACACCACUUCGGCGGAAGCGAUCUACUUACCAGCAGGAUGCUUGCAUGCUGUCUUCACCGUUGCCGGUGGGUUCCUGGUCUCGAUCGAUUGUACCACUCGGAGGUCAGUAUGGCCGUUUGCACAAUACCUCCGUUACAACAUACAAGCCGAACUGGAAGCCACCGAGGAGCGAAACUGCUAUUUCCUCUUCCUGGAUUCUCUCGAAGCGGCCUUGCAGAACGCCGGGGAGAGGGAUGCGUUUCGUGCAUGGAUCGAAGUUGAAGACAUCCUCCAGAUCAAGAGGGAGAACGACCGAGGGUGGGUUCGAGCGGCACGAAAGGUGUGGGAUGAUUAUCUGAAGGUUGACCCGAUCAUUGAUAUUGAAUGUCCCUGUCAUGGUGCGGUCAGCUCUUUCUUUCUUGAACAUUUCAGAGAUCGGCAUCUACGUUGGCUAUUCAAUGACAGCGCCGAGAACCCUACUGUGGCCAACCCAAGCGCUGGAUCUGGAAGCAGGAACAUCAGGAGAAAAUGCGUCACAGAAAAGAAGCGAAUUACACGUAAAUGGAUGACCAGGAGAUUAGGGUCGUCAAAAGCAAUGACCUGGGUUUUCGCAAUGGACUCUUAUAUAUAG